CUUGUGGCAAAAAAAUAUCCUUUCCAAUUCCUUUCUCACUUAUCAGCUAAAUACAGCAUAGCACUUUGAAGACCCCUCUAUAUUUUCUCUGACUUUGUUCAACUCCUGCAGCUACCUCCGCCGCCCACACAUCACCGCCUCUCUGUUUAAUUGUUUAUACAACUUUUCUUUGGUCACUCAUCUUGUGCACACGUAUGUAUGAAUCUCUGUAUCAUUUUAUACAGUUAUUUUUGAACUCAACUGUAUGAGUUGCUUGAUAAUAUCUUGUUAUUAAGCUUCAUUUAGACUGUUCAACUGUUGAGGUUAAGUUCAGGCUUUUUUCCUAGUACUUAUCAAGUCCAAAUUAUACCUAGCUGGUGAGAUGGGACAUGGUUAAAUUACUUUUGAGUGCCUUGAGUUUAGUAGAAGGGAAAUUCAAAACGAAGCACCAUCUGUCCUGUUGCUCUGAGUUGUUGAAGAUUCAAAGAAAUAUUUAAUGUACUUUCACUAGUCUAAAAUGAAGACUUCACAGGACUUACAAAAGUCUCAAGAAAAACAACCUUCAACGCAGGUCUCACAUGAUUCCCAAAAUGAUCAACUGAACAAUACAACAGAGAAUCCUGAUGCAGAUUCUGUGUCAGUGUCUGCAUCUGGCAAUGAGAAUAGGAAAGUUUCACGUGAGGAUAUUGAGCUAGUUCAAAACUUGAUCGAGAGGUGUUUGCAGCUGUAUAUGAAUAGAGAUGAAGUAGUGAAAACACUUCUAAACCGGGCAAGGAUAGACCCUGGAUUCACAACUCUAGUGUGGCAAAAGUUAGAAGAAGAAAAUGCUGAUUUUUUUCGGGCCUACUACAUACGCCUAAAACUGAAGAGACAUAUUAUAUUGUUCAAUCACUUGCUUGAGCAUCAAUAUCAUCUAAUGAAAUAUCCUAUACCCCCCAAGGUUCCAUUAGCUCCGUUGCAAAAUGGUAUUCACCCCAUGACAGUCAACAAUUUACCCAUGGGUUAUCCUGUCAUGCAACAACCGCCAGUUCCUGCUACAGGUCAACCUCAUAUGGAUUCAAUGGGCUUAUCAGGCUGCCAUGUGGUCAAUGGGAUACCUGCACCAAGCAACUUCCAUCCGAUGCAGAUGAAUUCUGUAAAUGAUAUGGUGAUUGAAACAAGUGCAUCAGAUGUGUCUGCAUCAGCCGCUCCGGCAUCAGCCACUCCACCGAGCAAUGUUGUUUCAUCGAUCCCAGAUAUGCCUGUAAGCAGCAGCCCCACACAAGCGGCUGCCUCCAGUGGCCAUUUUCCCUUUACUGCAUCAGAGAUAUCUGGGAUGGGAGUAGACACAUCUGCCCUUGACACAGCAUUUGCAUCUGAUGCUAGCUCAGUUGGACUACAUCUCCCUACUGAUAAUGGAGCUGGAAAUUCUAGAGAUUUUCUCAGAUCCUUAGCGCAGAUUCCUUGGAAUUUCAGUCUGUCAGACCUAACAGCAGAUUUACCAAAUUUGGGAGAUCUAGGAACUCUUGGAAAUGACAGUGGCUCACCCUUUUUGCAUUCUGAUUCAGAUAUUUUACUUGAUUCUCCAGAGCAAGAUGGCUUAGUCGACGAGUUCUUUGCUGAUUCCAUCCCUGGAUCAACAGGAGCUCAAUCGGAUGAAGAAAACCCCUAGAUAAGUCAGGAUAUCUACCGGUACCCUUGAAAUUCGACAGUAAGAACAAGUGGUGCAGUACAAUGAUAACAAAUCGAAGACAACAAUGCAUAGUGAAGAUUUCUUACUCAGUUUCGCUGUCAAGGGACUUUGUUGUUUAACUAUGUAGACAUUCUAGCUUCAUAAGCAGGUAUUAGUGCUUUAUUUAGAUUUAUGUAUUUUCCAAAUCAAACUGUAAUCUGUAAUCUGUAAUCUAUGUAUGGCAGUGUAUGAUCAAGUAAUUCAUAACGGAGCUAAGUCUUAGUUCUGCAAUGUCCUAUUUCCGAAAUAUGACUUGUUAGUGUCUUGAUGAAUGCAAAGUACUGCAACUUUACUAAAAUGUGGAAUAAAAUGUGGAAGUAAAUACUGUC